AUGGACACACCAUACUCCCCACCAGCCAACGUCCCAAUCCACCCCAACGCACCACCAUCACCACCACUACCCACGUCCAAACCCUCGCAUCUCCUCUCCCUCCAUCUCCUCCUGCUCAUCCUCCCCCCAACCCUCUUCCUCCUCCACGCCAUCCGCAAAGACUACCACGCCUUCCUGGCCCUCGGCCCCGGCGGCACGCCCUCCACCCCGACAGGCUACCUCCGCAUCUGCAUCCUGCGCCUCCUUGCGCUGCGAAACCCCUUCUCUCCGCCGUCCAUCCCGGACUCCCUAUCCCCUCAGACGGGCUACUUCCAUCGCUUCUCUCCUCUUUCACCCUCUCCCUCUUCUUCCGCAGCAGGGAACCCAACAAAAGACACAGCCAGAAUCCUCCCCCACCGCCGCGGCCCCCGCCCCCUCGUCACCGGCAUCGCACCGCAACGCCAACUCACGCAGCGCAGCACCCAAGCUAUCUACGAAACCCUGACGCAGGAAAUCCACGCCCUGGUCCACGCCCACCCGGAAAAAUACUACACCGGAACAUCGUGCUUCGAGAAACACAGCACCGGCAUCUUCGCCCUCCCUUCGUCUCCAUCCUCCAAACCCCAACCCCAAGACCAAAACCAACCCCAUCCCACCGGGAAGCGCUCGCGCGUCACCUGCAACGGCGAGAUCUGCCACAGCCACCCGAUCGACGGGAGUUUGCAUCUAACGCUUCAUCCGGCGGAUGUGCGCGUGCUGGUAGAACGGGGCUGGGGGCAGAGACAUCCGCUGGCGUGGGAGGAGGACGGGUGGGCGCGGCGGUGGCUCUGCGGACGGAGGUUUGUGCCGGCGGGCUUUGUGAUGGUGUAUGCGCCGCGAGACGAGAGGGAGGUGCAGGUUGUGAUGGAGGUGGUGAGGGCGGCGGGGUGGUGGGUUUGUGGGGAGGAUUGA